CUCUGUCAUUGGUUUGGGGUUUCCAAGUUCCUUCUUUCCUUCGCCGGCUUCGCUUCUUCCCUUCCCUCACUCCUGAAAAGAUCUGGCCGCCUUCCGGCGAGCUUCUCCAGGGAUAUCGGACCUCAUCUUGCUCGUCUGUCUUCUUCAGGGACCAACUUCGCCGAAACCCAAGCUUCGAUCGAGUAAGGGGACCUGACGCCGACGGCGUGCGGCGAUGUCAUCAGGGAGGCUGCGGAGGGGGAGGUGAACGGACAUGGCGAGGGGCGCGGCAGAGUGGGGGAGGGGCAGCGGCGGCAAGUGCUGCCGUUCCUUUAGGCGGAUCACCAUCGUGAUUUGCUGCGUUAAUCUGGUCGCGUCGCUCCUCGUGAUCCGUUGGUUCUAUACUUCGUUUUUCUUCUCUCUUUCGUCUGGUUUCAGCACCAGUUCUCUCGCUGAUCAGCUAAAGAGGAUGGAAGAAUCGAUCCGGGUUCGAAGAGAAUUGGAGCCUUUGACCCUUGUUAGAGCAGCGAGGAAGCUAAAAAAGGAGUUCUCCAGAGAAGAGAAGAGAGGACUAAAGUUGCCUCUACCAGUGAAGCAGAAGUUGGCCCAUGAAAUUCUGCAUAGGUUAGAAGGCGUUGACAAUACUAACACGACAGAGCAGCAAGCUGCAUUGAGCUUAUGGCGUUUUCAGAAGCUUGAAGAUAUCAGAAAGGCAACAACUUUAAAUUUAAGCAUCUCUAAUCAAGAAGCAAAAAUGUUGAAACGAGCAUUGAAGACUAAUUGGCCUAGUUUAAUGGAAGAAAUUGGACUCUGGAUGCCAACUAGUGUUAUUAAUAAUGAGCAUGAUGAUAAGCCUGAAAACGAACGGGAUAUUGAGAUAAUUCCUGGUCGACCUAUGCCACCUGAAUGUCAUGCUGAACUUCAUACUGAUUUUGAUGGAACUGCUGUUCGAUGGGGUCUUACCCACCAUAAAGAAAGUGCAGCAGAUUGUUGUCAGGCUUGCUUAGACCAGGCAAAACGCGCAAAGCCAGGGGAAAUUAAGUGCAAUAUAUGGGUUUACUGCCCAUCAGAGUUUGGGUGCUAUUCACCAGAUAUAUAUGAACACAAGCAUCAGGAAUGUUGGCUGAAGCAAGCUGAUAAACCUCAGUUGAACUUCAAAGACAAGUACUCAGAGUCAUACCGGAACGAUCACCCAAAUGCACCCAUCGUCGUGCCUUGGAUGUCAGGCAUUGUCGGUGUAUAGCCUCACAGAAAGAAAAAAGGAUUUUGCCAUUUCACAGAAUUGACUACAUGCAAUGCGACCGGGAAUUUUUCAGUGUGAUAGUGAGAUUUCACAUCUUUAUUCUUUAUGCUCCUGUAAAUUGUAUCGGUGGCAUCUGAUCUCGUUAGGGAAUCAGUUCUUGGCUCCACACAUUAUUUUUUGAUUUGCUGAGCAUUUGGAUGAUUGAUGUCAUGGGUUUGAUUGAGGAAUUUUCAGGUUGGAUUAUGAUUAUGAUCAUGGUCACUCUUACAUGUGUUUACGAGAACUGAAUUAGAUAAUUGCGUUCCAAUAUAUUUAUUUUA